GUUUUACCGAAAUAAACAAUUGAAUGGCAAUUUUUUUUUAUAUAAAUGUUUUCCAAAUUCAGUAACCUUUGAAAAAUACACAAUAGCCUUGACAAAAUGGCAAAACAGCUAAAUAGUACAGAUGAAGCAAGCAAAGCUGUGGCAAAAAAGGAAUAUAUAGGGCCUGGCGAGAAGAUGAGGUUUUCUUCCCUCACCUAUGAAAUCAUUGAGGAAUUGAAAAUGAGAAGGGAGUUGGAUGGAGAAAAUGAAAAGAAGAUACAGAAACUGCUUCAAGACAGGUUUUCUCUGGGCUGGAAACUGGACCAGGAGCACAAGCAAGUUUCCAGUGUAGGGGAGAAGCAUGAAGCGGAGUUGAGAGACGUGAGGAGACAGCUGCAUGAGAAGAUGAAGGACUUCCAAGUGGAGGCGUCACAGCACCAGGUAUACCGGAAGUUGGCCGAGAAGGAACGGGAAGCCAUGAAGGAAGAAAUCAGGAAACUUCAGCUUGCGAACUACUCCCUGGAGAAAAAAGUCCGGGAAUCUGAUCACCAAGACAAACUACAGGCUACAGAGCGAGAACACCAUAUUCACCAGGUGUCCAAAUAUGAGGCCAUGUACAGUCAAGUGGAAAAUUUGUCCUCUCAGCUAGAGGGAAGGCUAAACAAGCUUGACGGUGACUUGAAGGCUGUCCAAGAUUUAAACCAGAGGCUUCAGUAUGAAAAUAAACACCAGAACUGUGUGCUCCGCAUGAAAGAAGAAGAGAUUGUCAGUCUUAGACAGGAGCUGUUAGAGGUUAAUGUUAAAGGAAAACUUAACCCAGCCGAGGCAAAAGAGAGAGAGCAAGCUCAUCAAGAGGAGGUGGACAGGUUACAGUCAACUAUAACUGAGCUGGAGGCAAGCAAAUGUAGGCUAGAGAGGGAGGGUGAAGACUGGAAACAGAAAUACUGGGACUCGUUGAAAAAGCUAGAUGAAGCCCACAAGCUUGUGAACAUCCACCUGCACAACUCAGCAGCCUACAGGGAUGAGUGUAAAGCAGCAGAGGGCGAGAGAGAUGACACCAGGGCUGAGCUGGAACAGAGUCGUAGUAAUGUGGCGGAUCUGGAAAAACAUGUUGUGGAUUUGGAGAGAAAACUUGCUGAGGAGAGCGAAGAUUGGAAACAACAGAAAGAAAACCUGAAGGUUGGCCUUUCAUCCCUUGGAGAGAACCUUGAGAUUUUGAGACACGAGAAGGAGACCAUCAUUGAAUCUCAGAAGGAGACAGCUGACAACUUAGCUACAGUUGAGCAAGAACUGGAAGAAGCUAAGGCCAUGUUGAACAAGGAGAAGCAUUGUCAGGAAGUCCAGACACAACUGUGCAUGCUGGAGGUGACCAAUGCAUCAACACAGGUUAUUCCUGAUGAAGCAGAUAAGAGUAUACAAGCAACAAUGGACACCCUUGUAAACAGUACACAGACAAUUGACCCUGCCCUCAAAAGCUCUAGUGUCCAAACUGAGAAUGAUCCAAUGAUGGUAGAAGAGGCACCAAGAGUCGAGAUGAAUGACUUUGGUAUUCAAGUUGUUAGAGAUACGAAUGAAAGAGCAGUUCAGACAGAUGAGAUGAAAAUGGCAAAGGAAAUGCCAAAUUGUGAAGAGACAGAUAGUCAGUCAGACACAUUCAGCAACAAAGAAAUUUUAUCAAAUAUUCCAAUUGAAUCAGCUGAUUUUACUGUGGAGAAUGGAAUUGUCCCUGAUGAAAAUGUACAAGAAACUACAAGCAUAAAUGUUUCAACAAAUAUUGAUGAUAUGAGACCUAUUGCAAGAGCGGGUAAAAAGAGAGAGGAACAUUCAAAUGAAACUGAUUUAGGCAAGUCUGGUAUGAAUGCGAAUUGUAUAAGUCAUGCAGAAAAGCCAUUUGAGGACAUUUCUGAGGAGAAUGAUGUAGUAAUUGAUGCAAAAUGUACAGAAUUAAGUCAUGCAAAUGAACCUCAGUAUGAUGAAAACUUAGUUAUUACUAAAAGAUUUUUCGAAAUGUCAAACAUUGUCCAUGAGUCUGUUGAUAUCAAUACAGACUUAAAAAAUACUGGACUAAGUGUUCCUGCAAUCGAUAUAAGGACUGUCACUGAUAAUGAAACAGUUAUAAUUGAACCUGAUGAUUUUGAAGUGAAAUUGACCCAGGAUGAGUAUUGUAACACUGCAUUUGACAGAAGAGGUACAUAUGAAGUUGAAAUGGUUGAAGUUGCAGAUGAAAUACAGUGUGAGAAAUCUGCAGGAGUUAGGAACGCCAAUAGGAUCAGCUUUGUUGAUUUAAGCAGUGAAAGUAGCCAAGAUGACUCACAGAAUUCUACAACACUUAAAGAUGAUGAUGCACUUGAAAAUGCCUUAAAUAAAAACUGGUCUUCAGAUAUGCAGCCAAAAAAGAGUAAACAGAGAAGAUCCAAAUCGGGAAAGCAUAAACUGCAGAGUGUACACAAUGUUCAGGAGAAGUUCGUUGAAUUUGAGAAAUGCAAGGAACAGUUUGAAACCAAGGUUCAACCAAGUUCACCACAAUUCAUUGCAAGUAAAGUACCAAGAAUUGAGACCAACACAGGUGCACCUAAUAAAAUGUUAUGUGAACUACAAACAUCAUCUUUGCAACACAGUUCUACUCAUUCUGAUGUUGAACAUGAUGGAAAGACAACACCUUUUGAAAAAUCUGCUUCUGACAACCCAAAAACUACCCUGUCAACAGCUGAUGUUCCUAAAGUCACAGGUCAACAAGAUGAUAGAGUUAAGGAAGGUAAAUCUGGGCUUGACUUUCUGCAGAAGUACAGGGACAUGAUGGCUAAGAUGAAAAAGCCUUCACCCCAAACUUCAUUUCCACAAGCGCUUGAUGAUCAUCCAAGGCAAAUCAAGAUCGGACAAAGUCCGCAAAUUAGUACUCCAAAAGGUAUUUUGAAAGGUCCCUCUAGACAUUCAAAGAAAAACCAAAAUAUAAGCUGGAGUUCAUUUGUCGAGAUGAAGGACAUCCCAUAGAAUAACAUGUUAAUGCAAUGUUGCUUAAAAUGUCGGAUCUUGUUUUGAACACAUUUAUUGAAUCCUGUUGAUAGCACAUCUGCUGGUAUUUGC